AAAGGGCAGGCCAAAGGGGAAGCCUGAGACCAUGGAGGCUGAGAGCCGACUGCAGCAUUUGCUGCAGCGACUGGACCAGGAGCGGUUCUGGAGCUUGCACGACCUCAACAAGGUUGCGGAGGAAUUGGAAACGCUGGACUGGUCGACCACAGGCGUGACAGAGGAGAGCCUCUGGACCCGCCUUGGCCGGCACUUGGUGAAGUUCCAAGAUGGCAGCAGCGCAUUGUGGCAGCCACCACCCCGCUGCGCCAGGAUGUGGCUAGGCGAGUGGGUCAUCUCACCGAGAGCCUGAACCAUUGCGUCAGCUUUGCGGGCCGAGAUGUGCUCUGCGAGACACUUCCGCAGCAGCUGCUGUCGAAUUUCCGGGCAAUUGAUUCUGCGCCGCAGCUUCUGUACUUUAGGCUUUGCUGCGACUUAGAUGCAAAGACGCGGUUCCUGGUGGCCCUAGCCGGCGCAAUUCGCGCAGUGCAGGACCCAGCGCUGCUGCGACCGCAGAUGGCUGCGCAGCCCCACGUGCUAAUCCUUGCAGAGAGCAUUGCUGGUGCCUUCUUCACCAUCGGCGGUGACAAUGUACUGAGGCGCUGGCACGACGCGCGGCUGGACGGGUACUGCGCCCUGUGGCAAGUGGCGGCCGAGUCCGCCCUGAAGCUCCACAAGCAGGAGCUCCAGGAUCGCCUUGCUGAGGCGCUGGCACGGUGUCGAUCAGAUGGUCAGAGCGCGUCGGUCCGCUUGUCCGCCUGGCCCAUGGCUGGCUGCCCCAUUGCUGGCGCGUUUAUGCAGUUCGCAAAAGAGAGGUCUUUGGGCAGCGUGGGCCACCUGAAUGUGACCCAUUGCCCGGACCACUCGCUGCGCCCGGCGGUUGUGCUGCGGCUGUGCGAGCAGCUGGAUGCCUUCCAGGUGGACGCGUCGGAGUCGCUGGCGUUGGUGGCCCUCACGCCGGAGCGCGCCGCGAGCUUGAGCCACCUGGCCAGCCCAGGCAAUCCAGAGCCGACGGCCGAGGAUAUUCAGGAUGCAGCUGAGCCGGCCAAUGCGCAGGCCUAUCGCGGCACUGUUUUGUCCUUUGGCGGCGCCAAGUCCAAGACCAGCCUUGCAGGUACGAGCGAGCCGCAGGCGCCACAAGCCUUAGGCUUUGAGACCGCGGCAAUAGGAAAAGGCAGAAGUACCCUGCGCAUCGCGCAAGAAGUGCAGAAGGAGAGCAGUGGUGAUGCACCAAAGAUGGUGCGCCGGUCCAUCGACUGGAGUGAUGCGCGGUUUCUGGAGCGCCUGGUCAGGCGGGGGCUGAAGGCUCGCGACGAAGGAUGGAAGGCAUCCUGGGAAGAGACCUGCCUUGCACGGGAGAUACCGUCAAGCUUCGCAGUGCAGAAGCCAGCCAAGGAGGUCCUGGUGGAGUUUGUGGAGGCCAACCUCUGCCAGACAACCGGGAAGGACUGGGCAAAGCCGCUGCUCUACAAAGCUGAGGGCGAGGAGGAUCCGGUCGUAGAUGUCCCCACCUCUGACGAGGAGCCAGAGGCAGCUGCGGCUUCACCCGAGGUCGAUCCCUCUGCAGCCUCGGGGGCCAAAGACGGUGCCGCCGAGGAGAUUGCCAAGGCGAUUCAGGCUGCUCAAAGACUGGCGGCAGCGCUGCCAUCGGCUGCGCCAGCUGCUGCGCCAGCCGCUGCGCCAGCCGCUGCGCCGGCACCAGCAAGCCUUGUAGAGAGGGACAAGAAGGAGAAGAAGGAGAAGAAGGACAAAGGAAAGAAGGAUAAGAAAGAGAAAAAGGCGGAGAAGAAGCAGAAGAAGGCAAAAAAGGAGGGUGAGGAGCCUAGCCAGGACCCUACAGUGGUGAUCGAAACUGCCGAAAACUCCUCGACAGACACCUCAGAUCUUGAGAUGGGACCACCGGCGCACGACCACAAGACCCGCCUUUGCGCGGCCUUCCUGGAGGGCCGGUGCCACAAAGGAAGUCUUUGCACCGCCGCCCACUCCCAGAAGGAGUUGAGAAGGCCAGGGGAGGCUGCCGCAGAUCACAAGGAGAAGCAUGCUCACCAGAAGUCCAGCCCAGGCGCUGCGCCUCCGCGGGCGGAGAAGGGCCCGGGCCGGAUGCGCGCCUGGCCGGAGGCACGAGCUGAGGGGCGGAGGGGAUCCCGGCCGGUGGGGAUGCACCCCAUGCCCAUGGACAUGAUGAUGGGGCACUCAGCUCCUAUCAUGGUCUUCCCGCCCGAAAUGCUUCAUAUGCCGCCCCACUACCACCCGCACAUGGCGAUGAUGAUGGAUCCUUACAUGAUGCAUCGCAAGGACAAGAAGAACAAGGAGGAAAAGGACAAAGACAAAGAGAAGAAGCAGAAGAAGGCAGAAAAAGAGAAGGAGGUGGCUAAGCCGAAGCAGAAAGAGAAGGAGGAGGUGAAGCUGAGAAAGGACAAAGGUGCCAAGCGCAAGGACAAACCGCAGCCAGCUGACAAGGCUGGUGCGAGAAAGGAGAGAAAGGUCGACGAGGAGGACUUGUGAUGGGCUCUUUCACUGACAGGUGCAAAGACGCUGCAGUCCCCCUUGCUUGAUGCCCCAC